AUGGAGAUGUCAUUAUUGGAUAAUAUAAGAAUAACGUUACAUCGAUAUCUUCGUGCAUUUUUCAUUCCUGAUUCAACAUUACAUUCAAGACAACGAUGGGUAUUAGGAUUAAUUAACUUAUCAGCCGUGGUAAUAUUUUGGGUAUCGUCAAGUUUCUUGGUUAAUGCUAUCGUAGAAGAUGAUAGUUAUAGAAAGCCAUUCUUCAUUACAUAUUUAAAUACCAGUUGUUUUUGUUUUUAUAUCAUUCCGUACUUGUUAAUUGAAGGAUAUACGGUUAAUGAAUUUAUACAGAAGUUAAUGAAUGAUUAUGAAUUGGAUAAGAUAAAGAGGAGGCAAAAAUUACAAGAGGAUGACGAAGGGUUGUUACAUAGUAAUUACGGAUCAGAUGAUAACUUAUCCGAAAAUCGACAACCAUCUCCAUUACACGUUGUAAUGGAUUCUUCAGAUCUGCAAUCAGAACAACCAGAUCCAUUGGAAAUAUCCACGUAUGAAACCGUCAAACUUUCAUUACAAUUCCUAAUCCUUUGCCUUCCGCCCAAUACUGAAAUAUGGGCGAUUGUGGGUAUAAAUGCCUUAAUCACAUUCAUUAGUGAUUUCUGUUGGUGUAAUGCGGUAUUAUUGACUAGUCCAUUAACGGUGACUGUUGGAUUAUCGAUGACUAUCCCGUUGGCGAUGGUGGGGGAUUGGGUGAUUAAAGGGUUUAGAGUUAAUGGAUGUCGGGCCUGGUAUACUGAUUAUGCCGACACUCAUUAUUUGACGAUCUUGAAGGUUGAUGUAAUUGACUCCGGGAAUAUUAAUAUAUUCGGUAGUAUUGGACUCCUGAGUGUGCCCCAUCUCUGGCUCAUUCCUCCCAAUGAACAUGCAAUGGACGGAGGGAAUGGAUAUGAGGUGCUACUGGAAAGACAUUUGGAAUACAGAUUGCCCAAGAAUGUGCAGGAUAAGGAAGCGAUGGCGUUGGAUUUAGCCCGGUUUUUGGCGGAUGAAUUACAGAGAUCGAUCUUGAUCCGGGAUGAGAAUGCUAGUUUGAAGUUUUUGAAAUCGUUUGGGUUUACAUUGGCUGGGAUUUUGGUUAUAAAGAAAAAAGGACCCAAAUUGAUUACUUCGACGAGAAAGAAGACGAUGGCGGGGUUGUUUUGUAUUGGAUUGAUAUUGUUGAGUGUGGGAGGAUAUCAAUUUGCUAUUCAGAUGGGAGUGCCAUUUUUGGCGAGGAAUGAUAAAGGGGAGUUGAUAUAUAUUAGUGGGGGCAGUCAUUAUCAGUUUGGAAUUGAGAUUGCGAUGAUGGCCGGGAUGUAUUCUAGUUUGGCCGCUUCUUUGUUGAGUUUGAUAUAUCUUGGGAAGUAUGAAAUUGGUAAUGGAGCUACGGAAGAAGGAGCAAGGGGGUUUAUAAAGAAUGAAAGAGUUAAGGUUGGGUUGAUUUUGAUAAAUACUGUAUGUAUUUAUUUGUUGUAUAGUUGUCUAACUAGUAUUAUUCUUAGAAAGGAUCAUGGAUAUCCUUAUGGAUUUACCAAGUUGUUUUAA